AAUUAUGUCAUAGGUUAUGGAAUGUCAGAGCUCUCGAGAACAGUAAAGAAUGUCUCACCCGUUCCUCUUAUAAAUGAGAAAAACAUGAGUCCAAUGGCUGCCUAAGUUCGUAUAAGUUACGUGGAUGGAAACAGACUGUAACCCCAUGGAGCUAAGCAGCAUGUCAGGUUUUGAAGAAAAUGCAGAGCUUAAUGGUUUCGAAGGAACUGAUAUGAAAGACAUGAGGCUGGAAGCUGAAGCAGUUGUAAACGAUGUUCUCUUUGCUGUUAACAACAUGUUUGUCUCAAAAACCCUGCGCUGUGCGGAUGACGUGGCCUACAUCAACGUGGAAACCAGAGAAGGGAACAGAUACUGCCUGGAGCUCACUGAGGCGGGGCUUAGGGUGGUAGGUUACACUUUUGAUCAGGUGGAUGAUCACUUACAGACUCCAUACCAUGAAACAGUCUACUCCCUGCUGGAUACGCUCAGCCCCGCCUACCGGGAUGCCUUCGGAAACGCACUCCUUCAAAGACUGGAAGCUUUGAAAAGGGAUGGAUAGUCACAACUAAGCUUUUUCCUUAGAGGGGGCGGCUGCUGGUUCAAAAUACUGACAUAAAGCUUGCAAUUCUUGCAUAUGGUCAUAGUAGAGACUGCAUCUUUGAUUUUGUGUCUUUAUCAUUUCUUGCUUCAAAUUUAGGAUUUUGACUCAGAACUUAUUGACUAAUGAGCCAUCUUUCUUAGUUUCUGAUUCAUUAAGGGAAUCCUAAGGCCAUUGCUGUGACACCAUCAAUAGGACAUUCAAACUUCUUCAUAUAGUAUCUCUGCAUUUCAAAACCAAAUCAGUAUUUCAUUCUGUUAUUACAGGGCUUCGAUGCUGCCAGCACUCUAUGACAUAGGAAAUUCUGGAUUUGCACAGUAAUAUAGGAAUUAAAAUCACCUAACUGCAAACUUUGAUUCAGCUUGGUAAAUCAGGGGUUUACUACUAGCGUGGACUGACUUUGUAGUAAUUAUUUUGGUACUAGCCUUACCGGAAACAAAUUAUCAACUAGUUUCCCCUGCACAAAUUUUGAAAUUCACUGCUUCACUUAAUCUAUUUAUAUUAUUAAUAUGGACUGAUAAAAGAUGAAUUAAUUAUAUAUUACUUAGCUAGUAUUGAAUGAAAAACAGGGACUGAAAUAGUUCUGUAUUCCUUGUUUGCAACAGCCAGCCAACUAAAAGGACAAACCGUUAGCAAAUGAAUGUAAUAAUUACUUGUUUCCAAGGUAUUUAAGCACAUAAGCAAAUAUAGGAACAGGCUCCAUUCUUUUUCUUAACAAAAAGCAUCUUCAAUGUGUGGGAUUUUAAUGAAAGAAGAUUCUGAUUUCCUAAAAAACAAUAUUUUGGCCUGUGUUGAUUCUUAUGAAUGUUUGUUUACAUGAUGUACAGUAUAUAUUCAGAAAGUAUUUUUGCUUCAACGUUUACUCUCUAUAACAUAGUGCUUUGCUAUUCCCAUGGCUCCCCUCCUUCCCAACAGAUGUACAGUGUUCCAUCUCAAUGCUAAAUCUACAAUGUAGUAUGAGUGCAUUGUAUGGGUUUGAAACCAAAGGAUGAAUGAGCAUUCAAAGACUUAAUAUUUGAAAAAGGGAGAAUCUGUAUUUUAUAUUUUAUUACAGGUACUACUAUUUAUAAACUUAACUAUUCCAUGCUGCUACAUGUUUUCAAGUACAUGUUGAAUAAUGAGGAUUGGGGACAUUGUUUUUUAAUGAUAGUCUAAAGCAGCAGCUAUAGAAAUGUUGAACUAAAAUUCUGCAUCUGGACACACCUUCAUAAAUUUGUCAUCCGCAGGCUUUUUUUAAUCAUUAUUAAAUAAUAGGUACUUUAGGCUCUAAAGAUCAUGUAGACCAGAGCAAAUUAAGGUUCUCUUUAGGUCACUCUCAUUGUCAAACUUCAUUGGAAUGCUUUCAUUAUGUUUGAUAAAUACAUAUUCAUUCUCAGCUUCAUUUUCAGAUGCUUAACUGGGCAAUGAAGUCUAACUUCAGGUUGAACUUUCUCAUGCUUAAUCUCAGGCUUACUGUAAAGGAUAUUUGUAAAGUUUGAAUAAAAUUCUGUUUACUCAUUUUGAGUUAAGUAUGGAGAAAAGUGAUUGUAUGUUUAAAAAUUGAAAUUGUUCAUUUUGUGAUAAAUGACUGAUUCCAGGAGCUUUCGUUUUCCAUUUUUGAAUUCAGUAUUGUUACAAUUUAAUGUGAAGUGAGUUGCUCUUUUUAUUACUGUGAAAGAAGAACAGAGAGAUUUAAUAAUCUACACAGCUAUUAAAACUUCUGCUAGGUAUUAAAACCUCCAUGUUACCUAGAUGGUUAAAGAAUUGGACCAGAUAAAUUAAGUCUUGAUUAUACUUUCAAAGGAAAAUUUUUAAAAAAAUAAACUCAAUAAAUCUUACAACUCAAUAAGAAAAAAAUGAGAAUAGGCAAAUAAUAUGAUGAAACAACUCUGAAAAAAAAUAUAAACAUCCAGUAACCACAUGAAAGAUACUCAACCUGACCAGUAAUUCAAGAAAGGUAAAUGGGGUUAGCUAUGUUGGGCCAUUUCACCUAAUAAUUCAAUAAUUUCUCUUCUUUAAACAAAAUGAUACCAGUAAAGAUUUAAUGAGAGAGCACUCUUCCAUUCUAUUGGAGGAUAUAUUGGUGAAACUUUCUGGAAAACUUUGUAAUAGAGCCUUUACAAAGCUUACAACUUCUGUACUGGUAAUAUUUUAGCAAUCUAGCAUAGGAGGAUGUUUCGGCAAAAGAUACACUGUAAGGAUGUUCAUUUUCUCUAAUGAAAAAUGGGAAUGUCUCUAAAAAGUGAUUGUUAUUCCACAUUUUGUUCAUGGGAAAAUAUGAAGCCAUGAAAAUUUGUGAAAAAAUGGUAAUUGGGAAAAAGUAUACUCCAUGAAAACGAUAUAGAACCAAUCUAUUUUGAGAAAUAAUCUAUGUAACAGAAAAAUGAAAUAAAAUCUACAUGUUCAUAGUAGUCCA